AUGGAACAGAUGUGUCGAUGUGCUCGUUUGAGUUUGUUUUUAUAAUAUAAACGGUCUUAUACAUCUACUGUCAAAGUUUAUUUGAUUAAUAAAACUAAUUUUCAUAAAAGUAACAACAUUUAUUCGGUAAAUUCAUAUAGGUUUUACUUAUACAGAAUGGGUUAUACUAAAAAGAGUAAAAAAAAUCAAAAGAAAGAUGUAAAGAAAAAAGUCGUGAAGAAAAAUACGGCCACCAAUUCAACGAAGAAGAAAGUAACCAAAAAAACUGGCAGCAAGGCUGCUGCAGUAAAGAAAAACCUGAAGGUACCUAGAAAAUUAUACAGUUCAACAGCUCUAGAAAAAGCUGUAAAAGCCGUAAAUGAACAAAAUAAGUUAUCGUUGAGGGAGGUUGCUCAGGCAUAUGGGAUUCCUGUAACAACUCUAUUCAGAAAAAAAAGCAAUCCUGAUGCUUUGCAUACAAAGCCUGGACCAGAUAUUGUUUUGUCUAAUGAAACAGAAAAGAAUAUUGCUGACUGGGUCGUGUAUAGAAACCAAACAGGUUUCUCUGUCAACAGGGACCAGUUGUUAGAUGCAGUUGCUUCAUGCGUCAAAAUUAUGAAGUUGAAAACUCCUUUUAUAAAUGACCGACCCGGAAGACAUUGGUUUGAGAAAUUUCUUAAGCGUUAUUCAGAUUUAUCAAUUAAAAGAACGCCGCGAUCGGACAGAAAAAACAAGGCUAAAGUAACCAAAGACGAUGUAGAGGGGUGGUUUUGUGCAAUACAAAAGUACUUGAACUCGAAAAAAUUGGUAAACAUCAGUGCGGAUAGAGUGUUUAAUUGUAAAGAAGCCAGUGUAUCCGUGGAUCCUAAAAUAGAAAAUGUCGUAACCACGAAAAGAGAUUGCACUGAGGGUAACGUCGGCGAUGCUGACGAAACACGCUUCAAUAUUUUAUGCAUGUAUAGCGGAAUGGGUAUUCGUGCUCCACCGAUGAUAAUGUAUAACAAGGAAGUGUCAGAAAGUGUAGUAAAAAAUUUACCUGAAAGGUGGGGCACCGGACUGUCAGAAAAUGGAUGGAUGACAGCUGAGUCUUUUUAUAAGUACAUAUGCGACAUUUUUUAUCCGUGGUUGGUGAAGGAAAAAGUCCAAUUUCCAGUAAUUAUCUAUGCUGACAACCACCUCUCAUACUUCAGUAUUCCUCUGGUGUCUUUUUGUCGGGAAAAAAAUAUUGAAAUUCUUGGUUUAAUCCCUAGCAGUACACAUAUUAUCCAACCUCUGGAUAUAUCAUUUUUCGAAAGUUUCGAAGAGAGUUGGAAAAAUAUAGUGCUCCAGAGGAAAAAAGUAAAUAAAGUGUCGGAAUUAAAAGAAGUACAUUAUGGAAGAGUCGUUAAUUAUGCAUUAGAGAAUAUGCCCAAUGAAAUAGAAAGUGUGGUAAACGGUUUUGAAGCAUCUGGUUUGGCUCCGUUUAAUCCACUUGCAGUAAAUUAUAUUUUCGCAAAACGAGUCAAAACUUCACAACAGACACCUCAAAAUCAAAUUCAAAAUGUCCACGAAGAAGAGAGUGUAGUUAACAAUGAACAAACAAACAGUGAAAUGCUACGUCAUUUGGAAGCUAGUUUGGCUCCAGAUGUAUUAGAAAAGUUUGAGUUUUCAAAAGAUAUUGGUUUAUGGGCAGGUGAUAUAGAAUUCAAAGCUAUGUUCGAAUACUGGCUACGACUGAAAAGCCCUUCCACUAGUCAAUUUUACUCGCAGCAUUAAUUCAUUUACUUAUUACUUGAUACGUUACUUACUUUUUUUUU